UUAGAACUUCAACCUAUUUUUAUUUCAUUUUUGGCUGGAAGAUGAGAAUCCCGCGCGUUUAAGAUUCUGGUGCAGUUCCGUUCCUCCACGAUCGCUCUCGAUUCCGCUUCGGAAUCGUCAUCGUCUUCAAUUCUCUGAUGGCUUCUUCAACCUGCAAUUGCAGCAGCUUGCAUUGCUUGUUUCGGACGACGGAGAUCGGUAAUCUGAUUCCGUUUAAGCGCGGCGGUGAGGAGCAGAAGCACAGGAGAGAAGAUUAACAGAGACUCCAAAAUCAAACCACAUAGAUUCUUACUGGAGUUCAAUCGGUGGCCAGAAUUAGAGUUCCGCCGCUUGCAGGACGAGCUCACACGGACGGUGGUGGCGCCGAAUCGUACGGCAAUAAUAGAGUGCAGAUUCAAUCAACGAGAAUGUCCUCGGAAAAAGCAGGGAAGAGAAAAGGAAAAUUAGUUUUUGUGUAAGAUUAUUUCUGGGAGAAAAGGAAAGAAAAGGAAUCGAAGAGAAAAUAAUGAAGAUUGGAGCGAUGGAAGAUGUGGCGAUAAUUGGAGGAUUGAUUUCAGUGCAGUUCAUAUACGCUGGAAACUCGGUAUUGCUAAGUUAUUUGAUGUCGUUAGGGCUCAAUCCUCUCAACAUCGUCAUUUAUAUUGCCUCUGCCACAUUUCUAUUUUUGGCUCCUCUGGCUGUUUGUUUUGAAAGGAGCAAUUGGCCCAAGAAAUUGAGUUUCAAGUUGGUGCUUCAGCUUGUUCUGAUCUCCUUUGGCGGGGUAACUUUGUUCCAAACUCUGCUAUUAGAAGGGAUAAAGCUGACUUCUCCAGCCAUGGCAACUGCCAUGCCAAACAUUGCUCCUGGUCUCAUCUUUAUCAUUGCCUGGUGUUUUAGAUUAGAGAGAGUCAAACUUGGUUGUCUGUACAGCAAAGUUAAGAUUUUAGGGACAUUGCUUUGUGUAGUGGGCGCCAUCAUAAUGAGCAUACUGCACAGCACCAUCACGAUACCGGCAAAAGAGCAGCUAAUUUUUCUUCCUUCAUCUGUACUCUUCAAUAAGGAAAAGUUUAUUGGUUGUUUGUAUCUCAUGAUGGCGGUCUUCGUAUUAUCAAGCAAUGUUGUAUUGCAGGCUACAGCCCUUGGUGAAUUACCCGCUCCAAUGUCGUUGAGUGCUGUAACUUCGUUCAUUGGAGUAUUAACGACUGCAGUUGUACAAUUACUGAAGAAUCAUAAGUUAGAAACCGAAUGGUCAACUGUCAACAUGAAGGAUUUACUCUGCUACUCUCUAUUGGGAGGAAUAGUGAGCGGUAUAAGCUUGAGCUUCAACGGGUGGGCAAUGAAGAAAAGAGGGCCAGUUUUGGUGUCAAUUUUCAGUCCUAUUGGAACAGUUUUCUCUGUCAUUCUCUCUGUCUUCACCUUAGGAGACACUAUUUCCAUUGGAAGCCUUGCUGGUAUGUUCUUGAUGUUCUGUGGGCUCUACUUUGUGCUUUGGGCCAAAGGAAAAGAAGGUUACUGUGAUGGGAGUGGCUAUCAAAGUGAUGACUUUGAUAUUGAGAAACCUUUACUCUCUUGAACUUUGUAGGUGUAUCUGCCACUUCCUUUAUCCUAUAUGGGGAAAUUAUAAUGGUAAGUGGACAUUAAAAAACUAAAGAUGAAAAACUAUAUUUUAGGUUGAGCGUCAGUAAAUUGUUUGUAACGGUUAGGUUUUACUGUUUGGGGUGGGACACAAUACUUUGAUUGGCAAGAACUAGAUUGCAAGUCAAGAAUUUCAUUAGUACCAAAAGUUUGUUAAAAAAGAAUGUGUAUAUAUGUAUAUUAUAUGACUGACUGUAAUUAUUAGUAAAUUGAUUGGUCGGUUUGGAUU